AUAUACAACUAUGUACUGGGGGGAUCUGGGGAGGAAAAAAAACUCGCUUAAACAAUUAAAUUUCUUAGAACGGAAAAUGCCAGAUGUAGGGUACUCUUUAGGUUAGGAUUGACCCAGCGACUCAAACGUGGUUGGCCUUAGCAUUCCUAUUUCUCUCUGCCCUAUCUUGUGCAGUUGUGACUUCAUUCUCAGGCCCUACAAAGUGGCUUGUCCCUUUGUGUAGGAGUAGAAUGCUGCCACCAUUCCACACCUGUCAUUCUCACACAGUGCCGACUAUGAAAAGAAAGGGACCCUUUUCAGGCUCUCAGGAGAGGAGUCUUGUUACUCAGAAGCCCCAGUAAGCAUCACCUAUCUUAUUGGGCUUGAUGGGGUUCUGUGCCAUCCCUAAACCAGUCACUAUAAGCCAGUGAUGACAAGGCUGAGACGAGGGGAGGAGGGAUUUCUCAAAGGAAAUUUGGGGUACUGUUAGAAUGAGGAAUGGAUGCUGGUUGUUCAAGAAGACAGAUGUCAUCCACUGCCCAAGGUGCACAGCUGGUGAUAGUUAGGACCUGACCUUGCUCACACUUGUGCCUACCCAUUGGAUUCAGACAGACUGUUAGGCUGACAUGUCUUCACCUGACGCCAUUGCUUGGCCAGUCUUUAACGAAGGUAGUCAUCACUGUCCUGGGCCCCAUCUCUUCUACUGAGAUUCUUCCAUCCAGCGCUCAGGCUGAGCUAGCUUUUCUGUGGCUUGGAACCAGUGUCCAUAGCCAAGCAGUGCAAGGCACUCGAGUCCAACCCAAGAGUCCAGGGAAUGUUAACAAGUGUUAAUAUAACAGGUGUUUUGUGUACAAAGGCAGUGGGCUGGCUCUUCCUCUCUUUGACCUUCCAUUUACUUGACAGAUAUUCACUGUCACCCCAAUGAGUCGGAUACCAGCUAGGGCCCCAAGGGAAUCCACCUUGCCCUCUAGGGGGUGCAUACCCUAGGAUGGGCCUGGAGGCUCAGGGCUACCUUUCCAUUGGAUGGGAGGAGGCUGAAGGCUUUCUGUAGGAGGUGGCAAGGACUUCCAGAUCGGGGAUGGAGUGGGUAUGGGCAUUAGGUGUACUGACCUCUAUAGGCCACAGGUUUGGGAGCUGAGAGGACAGAAGUGUGGAUGCAUUUGCAGGAUCAGGGCUGCAGUGGCUGGUCCAUCUUACCCUAUCCAAGCGUAGACCCUGUACUUCAGACGAGUUCACAUUUGUGAAAUGUCUGGUACAGAGCAAGGGGUAGAUCCCGGGCCUAGGACAAGGUGAAGCAAUGUCCACCUUUCAGCCUACCAGCCUAGAAGGAUCCACCUCACGUGAGGGAAACCAGACAGAUGCCCACUUGCUCCCUGGUUGGCAGUGUUUGAGAGCUUCCCUUGCCCCAGAUCCUUCUACUCUGACCUUGUUUCUUCCUUUCUUAUAAAUAUUUGAGCACCUCCGUGUGCCCGACAAUCACCAUCAUCUGCGGGGCCCAGUCUGAGUCUAGUCAGUCUGUGCAAGGGAUACCUCAUGACCCCUCUGCAUACGGCUAAUUUAUCCUGUGCAAAGUUCCAAGGGUCCUACAGCUGUCCCAAAGCCGUAGUCGGGGGUGGGCGCCGGGCAGCUCCCACCUGCCUACCGCAAAUACGCAGAUACAGGCAACAGUAACCGCCUGGAGUGGUGGCUGUGAUGGAAGGUUCUCUGUCCGUGACCAGGUUUGGGCCUGACCCCUGGUGCCUGCUGGGAACUGCUCUUUAUUGGUACACCCCUGCACUUCACUCCACCUCCACGGCCAGCGCCCUACUAAGCUGGGGCCAGUCGUGUCCGGCGCCCGCGGUCGCACCCCCACCGGGCAGCCCCCUGCCCCUCUGCCAAGCCUCCAGGCCCCUCGACCCCCGCAGUCGGGGGACACUUGCAAAUCACAUCCGGAAAGGGGGGGCGCGAGGGGCGGAGCGCGCCCCCGGGAGGAGGAGACCGCAUCUCCCCGCCUCCCGCCCGCGCUCACCGCCAGCCGCCGAGCCGUCCCUCUCGCGGAGCCUGCAGUGUCGCCCGUGCCCCGAGCCCCUGCAGGCCAGAGGCUCCCGCAGGUGAUGGCAGACGAGGGUGCGAGGGACGUGGAAACUGCUGCGCGCCCGUCGCCCGGCCAGGCGCAGGGAGGGGGCGCGCCCCCGGGCCCCGCGGCUGGGGCCCGAGAAGCCGGGAGACGCGGGCACAUCGACCCCGUAGCCGGCCCCGGGACCGCCUGGCCUGACCCGGGGCGCCGGGAAGCGGCCUCUGUGGCGACUGACCGGAGCCCGGAAAACGGCCUUAUCGAAGAUGAGGCCCCAGAAACCUGUGGUGCAGAGGGGUGGAGGGCUCGGGUUGGAGCUGGCGGGAAGGCCGAGGAAGUGACGACUAAGGAAGGCGCCAUCUUCGAGGAGGAGGCAGAGGGAGAGGUGGAGAAGCAGCAAGUGGGAGAGGAUAUGGAGGUGGUGGAGAAGCUGGUGGAGGAAGAGAAGCUGGAGGUGGAGGUGGAGGCGGAGGCGCAGGAGGGCCUGGGGCCCCUUAACCUGGAUGGCCCGGUUGUGGACCCACUGGAGGCCAUUCAGUGGGAACUGGAGGCUGUGAGCGCCCACGCGGAUAGGGCCUACCUGCAACUCGAGCGCAGGUUUGGGCGCAUGCGCCGCUUGCACCUAGCCCGUAGGAGCUUCAUUAUCCAGAAUAUUCCUGGCUUCUGGGUCACCGCCUUCCUGAACCACCCGCAGCUGUCAGCCAUGAUCAGCCCCCGAGAUGAAGACAUGCUCUGCUACCUGAUGAAUUUGGAGGUGAGGGAGCUCAGGCAUGCCAGGACUGGCUGCAAGUUCAAGUUCCGCUUUUGGAGCAACCCCUACUUCCGGAACAAGGUGAUCGUGAAGGAAUAUGAGUGCAGAUCCUCAGGUCGGGUAGUAUCAGUUGCAACUCGCAUCCGCUGGCACCGGGGCCAGGAACCCCCUGCUCUGGUACACAGGAACCGAGACACUGUCCGCAGCUUCUUCAGCUGGUUCUCACAGCACAGCCUUCCAGAGGCCGACAGGGUUGCCCAGAUCAUUAAAGAGGACUUGUGGCCCAACCCCCUGCAAUACUACCUGCUGGGGGAUAGGCCCCACAGAGCCAGGCGAGGCCUCGCCAGGUGGCCCACAGAGGCUCCUUCUAGGCCCUACAGGUUCCAGUCUGGCUGAGUCCUGCCCUGGGACCUGGCCCCUACAUAAGGUUCCCUUCUGCCUCCUGUGGACCUGUGCUUAGGCCAGUGAUGGCACCCUGCUGUCUGCUUUCUCUUCUCUGCACUCUGGCCCCUCUGGACAUUCAGUGGAUGCAGCUCCAAGAUUGUGGGCUUCGUGGCCAAGCCCUUCUGUUUCCAUGUGGCCUUCAUGCAUCACGUGACUGUCACUUGCCAGUGUCUACUCAAGCACCCAAUGCUAUGGACAUGUACGGCCAUCAUCUUCAUGUCCUGGACCUUUGAUCAUGGCCUUCCCACCCAUUUUUGACAUGGGCACCCACAAGUCAUUGCUAGAAGGACCAGUGCCUCUUUGAGGCCUACUACUUCAAGGCUACAAGGUGCUGGGCUUCAUAUUUAUGCUGGUCCUGCACACUGUGUGGCAAGCUGAGUCUCAUCACCCAAGAUGAAAUGGGUGCACUUGGUGCUGGCUGUCAACCAGACUUGUACAUUCCAGGGCCUCGGGACCACAGGCCAGGCUACUGGACUGUUGGGCAUCUAGCAGAGUGGGCAUGCAGCCAGCAGAAGGCUGCUGGGCGUGGGUGAGGUCAAGGGCAUGAAGCAGUGGGCAAUGCAUUGUUUGUGACCACGCUGCUCUUCUUACCCCUGUGUUGAUCCUACCUUGUGGCCUACUGUCAGCUUGCAGAGGUCUGUACCAUCGCCCUUCUCGUGAGUUUUGCCCAGGCUGCCACUAAUCUUGUCACCUGCUCCCAGGUCUAUAAGGCCCUCAAGAACUGCCUGUGGACCCAGGUGGGCCACCUGCCAAUGCACACAAGAGCUCCCAAACCCUCAGGAACUCUGCAGCACCGGCAUAUCUGGGCAUUUGCUCAAGGCAAGGCAACAACGAGGUCCCUUCCAGAAGCCUACUACCCUGAGCCCGUCACUGGAUUCACACAGAAUCCAGCUCCACCAUCUCCACCUGUUUUUAGGCCGCCAGGUUGGGGGUGCUGGGGAGGGGUGUUUCUGGUCAUGUAGGCUGUCUGCACCUGCCUAGAUCGCACAUCUUUUUAUUUUCUUUAAAGUGACAGCUCAGAAACAGAAAAUAAACUGAAGCAGCAAGGUUCUUCACAGACAGCUGAGGAGACGGCUUUCUUGUUGGCUUUGCCUGUCUUUGGUUGACUGCAGAGGGGGAGGUUGUUUUCUGCUACCCAGGCUCUCUUUGCCCGCUCUGCUCCCAUGCUCCGCCCCCGUCAGCAAGGCCUGGGAUCUUUAAGGGGGGAAAGAGCAGGGCUGCUGAACAGAGAGACCAAGACGUCUGCCUCCCCAGGGGAGGAGAUAGUUCACUGUUUUUGUUUCGUGCUGUGUCAUUUUAGACUAACUUUGGCCCCAACUCUACUUUCUUCUUCCAGCGGGUCCAAACCUCCCCCAUGGGAUCCUGUAGGUAUAAGAGCCUAGCUGCCCCCACCAAGUCCCCCUCUGCAGGCUUUCAGGACUGUCUCCAUUUAAUUGUGGGGGUCACCAUAUCCAGGCCCCUUCCCAUGGAAGGCCUUGUCUUCUGCUCCCCAGGCCCUGGGGAGACCUUGACACAAAAUAAAGGAGCAAGUCCUCUCAGCAGGGGAGUGCAGGAGGGCCAGAGCCAGCCAGAAAGGCAGAGAUGGCUGAGAGUCCAUGGGGAGGUGGGAGGAGAGCCCCUUGAUUCUUCCUAACUUUUCUUUUGUGAGGGAGAUUGGCCCUGAGCUAACAUUCAUUGCCAAUCUAACUCUUUUUCCUUGAGGAAGAUUGUCACUGAGCUAACGUCUGUGCCAAUCUUCUAUUUUGCAUGUGGGAUGCCUCCACAACAUAGCUUGAGUGGUGUGUAGGUCUGCACCUGGGAUCUGAACCCACAAACCCUGGGCCACUGAAGCUGAGCGUGUGACCUUAACCACUACACCACUGAGCCAGCCCCACUUCCUAACUUUUUUGAUUGACCAGUAGGUUUUUAAAAUGAGAAGAAUAACAGAACACUGCAACUUUAGAGGCUGUCUCAGUCCAGGUAUGACCUUGUGUAUGUAGAAAGUUACUGCUAUAUAUAGUUUUUCAUUUUGCUGCUUUUAAGGAAGACCCUAGGCAUCCCCUUCUCUGGUUCUUCAGACGGGGGAAACUGAGCUGUCCACGCCUGCUUGUUGCUUUUAGUUGAGAACAUUUAUAAGAAUGUCAGUGUAAUCUUUCUCUGCCAUUUGGAAACUUUGUAGCUAUUCGGGAUUGUAAUCAAGUUGUUGUGGUCUGUUAAUAUCACCCUGUACUUAGAAGUAGUUUGAAUAGGGUGGUUUUGUAGGACUUAAGACCGGAAAUUGUUCCCAUGUUCCUCAUGUUUUGUGAGGAUAACCUCCAAAAAUAAAUCUGUAACUCUGAUGGUCUUGAUUCUGAGCCCCAGUGGCCACGUUGUGAUUGACAUUGCUGUAACUGACAUCUCUGCUUCUAAACAGAGUAUUCAUGAGGUGCCUUUGUCCAGUUGGAGGAGGAGUCGGCACUUUGUCUUCUGUAUGCAUGAUGAAAAAAUAAAAACCUUUCAGUCUGGGGAAAAAA